AUGGGUAUCUUGGAUUUAGAAGGACAUUUGAUCUUCUAUAGAUCGUACCAUUUCAAUCAUACAAAUGUUAGUAUUCAUUUAUUUUGUAUCCCGAUUAUUUUAUUUUCAACCAUGGCAUUCCUAAGCCCUGUGAAUUUAUUUGGCAAAGAGUAUCCAUACUUUAAUUUGGGAGCUGCCUUAGCAUGGGGUUAUGGUUUGUACUAUUCUAUACUUGAUUGGCAAUUAGGAAUACCAUCAAUGGCAUUGCUAGGCUCUUUGGCGUAUGUGUUCAAGGCCGUUUAUUUGAAUUUGAAUAACAUUUCCGCUAUAACCCAAAAGCAGUUCAUACAAUAUGCAAUUGCUCUUCAUAUUCUCUCAUGGUUAGCUCAGUUUUAUGGGCAUGGUGUUCAUGAAAAGAGGGCACCUGCAUUAUUGGACAAUUUAUUACAAGCGAUUGUAUUGGCACCAUUUUUUGUGUCAUUUGAAAUAGCAUUCUGGCUUGGUUAUAAAUUGGAUUUAAAAAAGAGAAUGGAUAAUGGGGCAGGCAGGAGAAUCAUGGAAAUAAAACAAAAAGAAGCUGCUGCUGUUGCACAAAGGACAAAUAGUUAG